AAUACCUUUCCUUUUGGUAUUUUUGACCUUAAUAUUAGAAAGUAUUCAGAGCUGUAGUGGCUUUAAGCUCCUACGGUUUGUGUCUUUUUAACUACCUACAACAUUGACGUUUCUUCAAGUCAAACAAGUCACGUAUUAUGCGCAGCACAGUAGUCUAAUCGGUUCAGUAUCGACCAUUAUCAGAUCCAAGCUCAAGAUAAUGGGGUUUCCAAUGUUAAAACCAACAUAAAUUCGAGGGAAUCGAUCUCAUGGCAUGACCUGUCGUUGGUACUAAAGUAACCAACAAAAGAGAAUGCCCCGCCAAACGCAUAUUCUUAUUGGGCAGAGGAACGAAGCCGUCCACUUGAAUCCAAUAUGUGGGGGUAAGAUGGGAUUGCGAGAUACCAUGGCUUGGAGAACAAUAUCAGCCGGACUUGUCAUUGUUAAAGCAACGCAACAAGGCAACGGGACAUAAUAUAAGUAUUGGUUCAUCAACUGAGUGAGUUAUGAGAGCCCGUUCUCGUCUCACACGCCCUCGACCUCGCGUUUUAUUUCCACGCAGUAACAACAGCAAUACUGCCACCAGCAAUAUCAGAUCAAACACAAGAAUGGCUUCAGCUGCAAGAGCGCCACAGCCCGAUGUUGAACUCUCCAUACCGCCUCUCUUCACUACUGAACCUCUCAUCCGCGAUAGCCUACCCACAGAGUCAUCGCGUGUCCAGGAUGCAACGAUAGACGAAGUCCUACCUUUUCUUCAAGGCGAAGAAUUCGACUACUGCAACUUCCACGGCGUGCCCCAUCUGGACCGUCGCCUCCAUGUAAAGUUUCUGCAUAAGCAGCUGGGAAAGCUGCCCGCCGCUUUCACACCCGCUGACCCCAGUCGGCCCUGGUUCUUCUACUGGUGUCUGUCUGCUCUUGUUCUCCUGGGAGAGGACGUCACGGAGUACCGACAGAGACUUGUCGAUACCGUCCGGCCUAUGCAGAAUCAAGAUGGAGGCUUCGCUGGUGGAUUCGGACAUACCUCGCAUCUCGCCACCUCCUAUGCAACCGUUCUGUCGCUGGCCCUUGUUGGCGGUCAAGACGCCUACGAGGCCAUCGACCGUCGAGCAAUGUGGAGAUGGCUAUGCUCACUCAAGCAGCCCGAUGGAGGGUUCCAGAUGGCACUCGGCGGCGAAGAGGACGUCAGGGGGGCUUACUGCGCGGCCGUCAUCAUAUCGUUACUCAAUCUACCUCUUGAGCUAUCACAGGACUCUCCUGCACGAUCCGCUGGCCACACUGGCCUGUUCACUGGGCUUGCAGACUAUGUACACCAAUGCCAAACGCACGAGGGAGGCGUGUCGGCAAAGCCGGGCAUCGAAGCACAUGGUGCAUAUGCUUUUUGCGCUCUCGGAUGCCUCUCGAUUCUUGAUUCUCCACAUCGUUCCAUCCCGAGGCAUCUCAAUGUUCCACUGCUUAUCUCUUGGCUGUCUUCGCGACAGUACGCCCCAGAGGGUGGUUUCUCAGGUCGCACCAAUAAGCUAGUUGACGGUUGCUACAGUCACUGGGUCGGAGGAUGCUGGCCCCUCAUCGAGGCUGCACUCAACGGACCCGGGUCCGGUCCUGGAGGGGAAGAGGCCAAUUCAGGCGGCCACGCGCUCCCUGCGGCCAAGGGUAGCCUUUUCAGCCGUGACGGCUUGAUCCGCUACAUCCUUUGUUGCUGUCAAGACCAGUCUAAGCGGGGUGGUCUGAGAGACAAACCGAGCAAGUAUGCAACUUGGUGGCCCUGCUUCUAGAAUAUCUGAAUGGGCGCUGACUCGAGCCCGACUACAGGUUCUCUGACGCCUACCACACAUGCUAUGUACUUUCUGGCUUGAGCGCAGCGCAGCACAAGUGGAACUUGGAUGUUGCUCGACCUCACGAGGCUGAUGUGACAGGCGACUCGUGGUCUGUGACACCGUAUAUGGAUGGUGAACAGAUCUUUGAUGAGGAGGAUCGAGUUGCUACCGUGCAUCCGGUCUACGUUAUUCCGCAGCAUAAAGUGGAGGCCAUGCAGAGUUACUUUUCGUCCAAACAUGGCUUCUAGAUCAUGUAGCACUCGUGUAGUGCAGGAUGGGGCUUGGAAGCCAUAAGAAAACAGAGACCAUGCAGCUGAGACAUGUCACUUUUCAAUGUACUUCAUAUGCUGGGAAUCUUGUGAGGGCGUAUACACGAAAUACCGAGGAUGGAUGCAUUGCCUGCUUGGACACACAGAUCUACCAACUCUGUGGUAAUCUAUCCUGGACAGAGAUACAUAUUUUGGUAGCCAAAGCACGACACGGAACCUGCGUCGUCGAGGUUGGACAAACUGGGCUUAUGCAUCUUGGAUCAGAGAGAGAUACAGCACACGAACAAACAUGGACCGCAGUGCAUGCAUGAAUCAGAGUCAGAAUCAGUGGAUUCGCGGGGGGACACUCAGCUUCUUCACACACAAGCCGAAUUUGAUGGCGCCAUGUCGUGUCGUCAACAGGCAUGACAGAGUAACAGUGCAGCUAACAUGCAUUUCGAUCAAAUAACCAAGGCUGUAUCUCCAGCUGAGUCAUAUACUUCUGGGAUAUCUAUUGAGUGCUUGAACUUUGCUCCACUGUAACUUGAUCAUGUAAUACUAAACACAGAAAUCGUAUUGAAUUGAGACCUGCAUGGGGAAUUGAGACCAAUUUCUAUAACCCUGCAUAAAGAUAUGUGUUCUGAAACUAUAGAAUGUAAUUCAAUUUGAACUUCAAGAUAAUACUUACUACUAAGGUAGUCCAUUCCUACCGAGCCCAAUAUUUAACUGUCUUCGACUGUGAGGUCAAUAAUGAACUGUACCUCUUUCUCUUUCCCACCAGCGACGCUCCAUCUCGAAACCAGCAAUUAAACCCUCAAAAGACUCUUCUGCAGUGUUAUUCAUAAGUCUGCUUUGAAGCUACACUUUGUGAGAGUUGAAUCAGCAUAAACUUACACCGAUAUCCUAGAUGGUAGCAUUUCACAGAAGAGAGCAUGUUUAUCUAUGUUGUUCUCACCAACAGCAAUGUAGCCAGUCACAAGCGGGCAGCCUUAAAGCGUGAAUGGGAUUGGUUCGAGUGUUUUUGUUUGUGUGCACAUCAGGAUGAACCCUCAUCGUUGCUCUGGAAGCCAUGAUAUAAAGGACUAAUGCUCACUUCAAGUCCUUUCUUUACUAGCAGCUACUUAAGAGAAUCAAAAAGAGUUCAAUAGUGCAGUCAAGAAUUUAUUGAUCAUACUAUUAUCCGCUAAUGCCAUG